GUACCCGGACGUUGUUCCCAGCAGCUUAAACUUCCCAGCUGAUGCUGUCGACUGGACUGAGAAGGACGUGGACCUCUUUGUAGGUGUCGGCCUUGGCUUCUCCUUGAUAUCUUUGACCAGAGAUGGGCCAAACACGAAGAAGGCGCCAUCCGGUGAGCCCUAUGCAGCGUCCAGCGCGGGCGCUGGGCCGCCAUCUGCACCAGCUGCGCCACCAGCCACGCCGGUGCCCGCCAAGCCUGCACGACAAGCAGGUGAAACAGAAGCUGCACGAGGCAGCGAAGCUCCCUCUGCGGCAGAGGAGGCAUCCCUCGUCCCUGGCCCGGGCGUCCUUCCUGAGCUGCCGCUUACCCAGUGGCACAGAGGUGAGUAUUGGGCGCCGUAUGCCACCUACAUGGAGGAUGUCGGUGAGAAGGGUCUGAAGCUGGUCUCAGCGCUGAACAAGUGCGAGCGCUUCCGGAACGUUGGGUUGAAGAAGGGCGCCGGUUUUACACUGGGCGCCUUGAAGGAGAACUUCGGUGCUGGCAUCCUUUUGCGGGAGUUCGCUUUGGAGAUGACAUCUCAGCCUCCGAGCGACAUCAUGUCCUUGCUCUGGGUGUCACUGCGCUUGGAGCUUCCAUGCUCGCCCUUCAUGCCCAUGUAUCAAACUUUGAUCCCGGACGGUGGCAACAAGCCAGUCUGCAAGGGCAUCUUUGGCAUGCUGAUGCUGAACACAGCAACGAUGAGUGUGCUGGAAGACAACCGCAUCUACGAAAAGGUAGCAGAGCCUCUUCGCAAAGCCUUCGACCUGCGAAGGCUGCUGCAUGCUGCGAUUUCCGUUGGCAUGACCAUGUUGAGUGUUGUCUUCUCCUCGCUUGCGCCCACGUCGCAGCCAAAUGCCGAACGCUUCAUGCGCAGCCUCCUAACAAACCUCUGCUGCGGCGGUGGGCGGAUCAAGGAGCCCUACGAGAAACCCUUGAAGCGCCUCCUGUCGGCGUCGGUUCUGGACCUCUCUGCAGUCGAGGCCUUUGCACUCGAGGCGCAAUCGGAUGGCCCAGGAGCGACCGUGGCUUUGCGAUGGUUCUGGAAUGAAGUCGACAGGCUGGAGCCUCUCAGCCAUUCCUUUCGCAAUGGCUUGGAGGCCUUUGACCUUUGCAGUGCGGCUCUGCUCGCAGCCCACGCGGCUUCCAGGAGCCAAGUGCCGAUCGCGGAAGCCGAGGCCUUGGCCAAGGCCCUGCUGGUAAAGGCGGAGGCACUGGCCAAGAGUGCGAUCUCCCAGAGGACCGAGUACCUCCAGAAGGUCUUAAGCCAGUCCCUGGCCAUUUGGGGCGAUCUCGUGCCGGAGAACAGCAAGCGUGCCAAGGGCCUCAAACCUCGGAUCCUGGUGCACGUGAGGGCGCGAGGCCUGGAGAUGGGAGCUCCGGAGAUGGACCUGAAGCCUGGAGAUCUCCUGGAGCCGAAGAUGCCAUCGGCCGAGUGGCGAGAGAUUUGGCAGCAGCGUGGCGACAAGCAAAAUCGGGCGAUGGCCUUGAGGGGCUUCUUUGCCGAUGGCCAGCUGGAUGAUGUUUGCCUCCUGGCCUUUCGGGAGGGCGGCUUCGACUUUGACGCCUUUCUCGAGGUACUCGUGGAGACUCUUGGCUAUGACUUCGUGAAAAUGGGCCAGGCUGUUCUCUCCGUGGUAGAGACGUCCGUCCGUCGCUUGGGGAAGCUGGGCAAGGGACCGCCUCACAAGCUGCCUCAGAACAUGCUCCGUACCCUCACAGAGGAGAUGGUGCGAGGUUCUCUUGAGGCCUUGAGGGACCAGCAGUUUAAACUGCUUGGGGCAUCUUCUGCCAUUUUGCAGCUCGUUUCCUUCCUCGCAGCUGCUGGGAAAGUGCCAGCUGAUGACAGCGACAGUGACGACUCUAGGUCGCCCCAGCGUCCACCAAAGCCAGCAGUGCAGUCUGACACGCUGACCGCGUUGGAAGGCUAUGCUUGGGAGAUGGUGUUAGCCGCCAUCUUCGGGGCAAUCCCAGCUACGCCCGCGAAGACUCGGGCUGCUCAUGCUGGGUAUAUCUUUGAGGUCUUGAGACCAGCUUUGGGUGCCAUCUCAGAUCUAUCUCUCAGUUCCCAGUUAAUGAAUCACGAUCAGUUGAGCAUCCUUGCAACUUGUGGGAGGAGCCACACUGAUCAAGCCCGGGAGUGCUUGAGGGAGUUCGCGAACAGGCUUGAUGAGGCAGCACAGCAGAUAUUGAGGCUCCGGCACUACGGCUUCGCACUUCGCCAGGCAGCAAGGGACUUUCAGCUCUUGGGCGUGGAAGCACCGGACCUAGGUCGAACCUGCACCGACCUGGAAGUCAGGAGCCAAAGCCAAGCAGCCUCGGGGCCUGCCGGAGCGGCAGACGGGGACAGGGACGAAGGUCCUGAGAUCGAGAAUCCUGAUGCCGGAGCCAGAGCAGAGGCUGCGGCCCCGCAGAUUGAUGCUGCCGACGAGGCCAAGCUGAGAGCCAUUUUCAAGACGUGUGAUACAAACGGUGAUGGAACGAUCAACAAGCGUGAGUUGAUCAAAAUGUGUCGACAAAGCUUCGAGACGGCAAUGUUCUUCGGCCUGCCAAGUGUUAUCAAACAGGAAGACGGUUCACGUGCAAAGCUGGAGGAGAGGUUCCAACGAAUGGAUCAGAACGACGACCGCGAGGUCACCUGGGAAGAGUUCCACCAUUGGUACAUGUCGGAAAUGGCCGCAGCGCCGAAGCCCUCUGCUGCGCCGACGGCGCGUUCAAGCGCCGACAGUGCGGAGAUGGCUCCAAGGGCCUCACUCUCACUUACAGAAGAGCUCGACUCUGAAACGGAGCUGAGCCCUCGGCCUGAACCGAGAGCAGGAGCUAAGCCAGCCAUUGCCUCUGGCGUUGUCAAGGCCCUCACCGACAUGGUUGAGGCAUCCGAGGUCUCAGAGACGGGGCUCCAGGUCGAGGAGCAACCUGUGUCGCAGGAGCGGGUGGAGAAUGCAAUGCGCUUCCUAGAUUUCGUCUACGAGCAGGUUGCUGCAAACACGCACGACGGACAGGUGACCCGGAGGGACCUUGAAGACCUGAUCCUGGCGUCAGACAGCUACGGCCAGUGCUUCGAAUGCUUGGGGACAGUGCCCGGCAAUGACCUCACAACAUCUGAUAUUGACAUCGGCACGGUAGAGUUCACUGAUCACUUCUUGGAUGAGGUAGCUUGCGAACAUUUGGAGGGCCUCCGUUUGCUGACAGUACCGCCAGAGCCAUGGAAUCCUGUACCAGCACGGCGACUGGAGGUUGCAGCUUCCAUGGCUUUGGAACCUCCGGAGGCUUCUGCAAAAGACACUCCGGUACUGGCCAUCACUGAUCCAACACCAGAGCCUGCAGAAUACGCUUUGGCUUUAGCUUUUUCGACAGGCUUGAAGCCCACGCAGCAGGAAGCAGUGGAUGACCAGCUGGAAGAGCAAUGUGAGCAAACGCAGGUCUCAACAGCGCUGGCAGUGCUUGACGAACCGGUAUCAAGUACUCUGCCCGCCCAAGAGGAGGUCGUCUCAGAGAUGGCGCCAGCUCAGCCAGUUCUGCCAAUCACGGAGGUGCAAGUUCCGGUGCAGGCUGUUCCUGACAACUGGUUCGCUGAUGCAGUGAGCCCAGUUGCAGAGCGGCCAGCGCUGCCGCCGGUGCCGAUGCGGGAGCUGGAAGAUGCAUCUGGGGGCCUCCCUACGAUUCCGUCCGGACGCGGAGUGGGGCUUCCAGACAGUUCCGACCUCGCCCUUCCGGAUCCGACUCCUAAGCUGGACUUGGGAAGUUCUCUCCUUUCCACCGCAGCAGACACUUGGGCCCCGACCUUGGAGGAGUCUCAGAGCUUGAGCAUGGCGAAGACCACGGAAUCGGCCUCGGGUCAGAGACCAGUCCAAGCCUUUGCGUCAGCGCAGAGCGCGACUUUCUUUGGUCAGGUCCCAACGGAGACUUUCCAAAUGCAAACCGUGGAAGUCCAGGCCCAGCCCGCCCCUUCCGCGCAGAUCGGACUUGCGAAGAGCUCAGUGCUGCAGCUGACGGAAGCUCCGAAUUCCCAGAGGUCCCUGCGCUUCGAGGAGGCUCAGGAAGCCCAGCAGUCGCCGAGUUCGCAGAACGCAAGAAGGCAGGGAUCCGAUGACGAGAGACCUUCUACAUGGAGAACAGAUCCGACCCGCAGCUCCGAUGCUUCGUGCCCGCAGUCCCAAGAGCCCAGCAACACGCGUGCUCCCACAGGGGCGGGGGCGGUCCCACCCCUUCCUCUGGGAUGUCUCAACGGGGAGUCCGCUCGCCCGUCUCAAGAGCCUUUUCGCAUGGACAUGGGUCAGGCAGCUUACAGUGCCAACCAGGCAUCGGGCCAAUUUGCUUCCUUUGAGGAGCACAUGCGGACAUCUGCAGGGCCUUUCCCAAGGUGGGGCCCGGAAAGCUACCGCAUGGGUCAGAUUCAGCGAGACGACUUCGCUUACGAAAGCAGCCUUCCCGGGUUUCCUUUUCCUUAUGAUGAUAGCUUGCCAGAUGCAUUGCAAGAGCAGAUACAAGCUUUCUAUCACGAGCUUCAGGAAACCAAGGCGCGUCAGAGGCGUGCAGAACGCGACAAUGACGAGCUGGUCGGCUACUUGGCUGCUCUCUUGGGCGAGCCGGACCAUGCAAACACGCGUUCGGAUGCACGGACACCUCUAGGAUCCAACCGGGCGGAGGACGUUGUCAGGCAAACUUUGCCAAUGCCGCCAGCACCAGCUGAGUUGCAGACGGUAGAGCAGCCGCCGCCGCCACCACCGCCGCCUUCACAGCCGUUUCAGGAUUUGCUGUCAAAGCCAAUGGUCAACAUCUCAUUCGGUGCCGGUCCUUCGCAGGCAGUGGAGUCCAGACCUCAGCGAACCUCGGAGCACGUCCUGACAGAGUCGGUAGCAUCCAUAUUGCCUCUGGCCUUUCGGAACUUGCUUGAGCGUCCGCAGCUUGACAGGGGCGAGCAGCUCCAGCAGCAGAUGCUGCAGCAGAUGCAGCAGCAACAGCAGCAGAUGCAGCAGCUGCAACAGCAACAGCUCCAGUUACAGAUGCACUUGAGCCAAGCACAGGCUAAGAAUUCGACCCAGCGACCCACAUCCCAGCCAUCACAGCGAUCCAUACUGGAUCAGCUUCGAGCCGAGCUGGCCGCCGAAAAACGCCAGGCUGCUCCGGCCCCCAUCUCACCCGAAGUGACAGCUCUCCAGGAUAUGCUCAAAGAGCUGCGCGAUGCUGGCCAAGCCACCAUCGGUCAACUCCUGGAUGCGCUUCAGGAUGUACGGACUACGCAACAGAGGCUGGAACGACAGGCAUUAAUUCCAGCUUUGCCAGCUCCAGCCUACAUCGGCGAGGACUCGAUGCAGUCGCACGGUCUCCACUCAUCCAUGUCUCAGCCAGUGAUCCCCAAGAGCUAUCAAAGCUACCGGGACACCUCCGUUGUCUCUCAGCCUCGAAUGAAGGCUUUCGAGACCGAUAUCCCGCGGAGCCCGGUGAAAGGUCUUUUCGUACCCCGGUCAGAGGAUGGUCGCCGAGCCUGGGCCCCAGCCCCGGCUCGACCCUUGAUCCCAAGACGAAGGCCUCAGGGGCAGCCCUCACAGUGCUCCCAGGCACGGGGGCCCCAGAGGGCGCUCUUUGACCAGGAGAUGGCACGCUGGGACGCGAGGGCACAGCAGCUGGAGGCACAGUUCCGACGCUUGCACGGCCCUGCAGCCCAGUGA